UAUCCUGGCCAUCCCCUUGUCACCAAGGCUGCCUGGGGCUCUGAGUCCCUGCUGGCCCAGGGCCACUGUUAGCUGGGAUAUUGCUGUAGUUACUUGUGAGCAGGGAUCAGGAAAGACCCCAGGAAAUCCCCUGAGGAUUGCCUCUACAAAAAAAGAUGGCUGCCUCGGGAUUGAAGGUGCCUUCUCAUUUACCUCACAUAACCCCAAGGUUAACAAAGGAUUUAGCUUGACUAAUGAAAGAAUUACGUUGUGUUGGGGGAUGGAAAGAGGAUUAAGCCUUUCUCCAGGGGAACCAGAGUUGUAAGAGAGAGACCGAGACAAAUCAAGUGGGGUAAGAAAGACAAGACUGGAAAAGGAAGUGGGAUAGCCAUGUUUAUUACAGGCCUAUGGCAAAGGACUUUGAGGGCAACAACUAAGCAAAACUUUUUGCCAUUAUGAAAGUGUUUGGCAUAGGAGAGCCCCUUUAGUAGAAAGGUAAUCUAGUAAUUUUUAAUUUACAAAGAAUGGUGUCCAAGCUGAGUAACUCAUCGUUUGGUGGAAUUAACUGCUCGUAAGGCCUGCAGGCCGUUUCUGGCAAUUUGCUUGGUCCUUCUUUAAAAUUCAGUGUGCUGGGCUGGCAAACAGGUGGAGCUAUGCUCCACCGAGUGACACAUGGCUCCUUCAAGUGCAGUGUCUUGUAUAUUUAGCUGCUUGCAGGCAGUGGAAAGAAGGGCUGCUGGGAAGGGAAAACGAUAGGAGGAGCAUGAGCUGAUAUGGCAGGGUUGUAACGGGUGGGUAUGACGAACUGUAAAACCUUUUCACAUGAGAAAAAGUACAUGUCAUGAAGGGGGUCAGUGAAAACCGAUGAAGGUUAAGAAAUUGGACACCAUCACAGAGGCUGUAGCAACAGGAAUAAACAGUGUCUGUGAAAGCCAGAUCUAAAAUGGACAGCCCCAGUCUGCUUCAAACCAAGAAUAUAAAUAAAUAGUUCUGGCAGAGGAACAGAGGCAGCACACUACAGCGCCUGUUGCCCAGCAAGCUGCUGCUUUGAACCUUAUAUCAGCAAGCGUCUGUUUCUCUGGUGUGAAUGGCUUGUUUUGCGCAAGGAUAGCUUUUUAUGCAGUAACUAGGAUUAAGUCAGCUUCAUAGAGAGGCGGUUUGGGGUGUUUGCAGCUCUUCUUGAAGGUCUGCUAUGUUGGUACUUGCUUUUGACUCUUUGUACUGUCUUAAUUUUCCAUGAUUGCUUUCUCUUUUUGAAAAGACACCAGAAAAUUUGAAGCUUAAAUUCAAGUCUCAAAAUUGGUUAAAGCAAUGAUUGGAGUUGGAGCAGCAUUGUCUGUCAGUGGGGUCUUGGUACUCAUGUACCUGCUACGCUUCUGUGUGCUGGAUUUGCCCCUGCAGGCUGCCUGUUUUAAGUUCGCCAGACAAGUGUCGUGCAGAAAGUCUAGUCAUUAAUCUAAAUUUGUAAAUUCAAGUAAGUCCAGGGAGCUUUAGCAGAGCAGCCAGUAUCCUAGUACUUUCUUACAUCAAGGAUCUAGGUAGGAGUUAGGAAAUACAUUUCAUUGUUUUCUUUCUAAAGAAACUUCUGCUGGUGUUGAGUGAUGAUGAGAAAUCCUAGAGUCAGAAGUUAUUUUCUCGUGAUGCAUAGAACAGCAAGCUAUAAAUUAGCUGUUGCUGCUCAGGAAAGAGACAAAGAGAUGGUCAAAAGUGCUUCUAGAGGAACGAAGGAAAACCAGUUAGCUUUGUGAUGCUCCUCAGUGUGUUCAUCUUGAGAUCAUCACAGUUCUGGUGAUCCCUAAACAAGAACAGCAUAAUAUGUUAAAAUAGGUGCAGAGAAUGGCAGCCAGGAUCAUCAGCAGUAUUGACUGGUUUCCACAUGAGGGAAAAAACUAAACACGCUAGGACUAUUCAGUAGAAGGAGAAGGAGCAGCUGUGGAGGAUAUGCUAGAAGUCUCUGAAGAGAGGAGUGGAAUGGAAUAGGUGAAACUGAGAAGCGGCUGUUGACUGUCUCUCACAAAACAAGAAGCAGGAAGCACUGAAUGUAGAAUUAUCAGGCAAAGGUUGUAGUUUUUAUGCAACAUAUGAUUCAUCUUUGAAAUUUAUUGCUAUGGGAUAUUGGAGAGGCUAAAGGUGUGAAGGAAUAAAAAAAUUACAAGGCAAGUUCUUUGUCUAUGAGUGGCUACUUAUUACAGUGGAUUGGAGGAGACCUGUGUCUUUGAAGGUCUCUAAGCAUCAGCUUCCUGGGACCUGGGAAGGUAGGCUAGAGAAAGAAUCUUUCAAAACUUGCCUCAUUCUUACAUUCCCUUCCCAGACAUCUGGUACUGGCUCUUUGGAGAACGAGGGCACUCCAUAAAUAUGUCCAACCCAGGGUGCCAUUUCUCCUGCUCUUACAGGACAAAAGCCUCGUUAGGGGAUACCCCCAGUUAUCCCUCAGAAAUGCCUUCUGUUGCAGUAUUAUCAGUUGUGUUAAAAAUUGCACGAUCCAUCUGGACAUCUGGCUAAAGGAAAUCACAUAUAAAAGCCUACAGUAAGUGGAGGUCGACCUUACACGGACCUUCACCUUCCGCAACUCCAAGCAGACAUACACAGGAAUUCCCAUUAUAGUGGCAAACAUGGACACUGUGGGGACAUUUGAAAUGGCCGUGGUUAUGGCAAAACAUGCAAUGUUCACUGCAAUUCACAAGCAUUAUUCUCUGGAAGAAUGGAAACUGUUUGCUGCCAAUCACCCAGAAUGCCUUGAGCAUGUAGCAGCAAGCUCAGGUAGUGGAAAAGCUGAUUUGGACAAGUUAACAAGUAUUCUAGAGGCCAUUCCACCUGUCAGAUACAUUUGCCUGGAUGUGGCAAAUGGCUAUUCAGAGCACUUUGUGGAGUUUGUGAAGUCUGUCCGUGCCCUGUUCCCACAUCACACCAUUAUGGCAGGCAAUGUGGUGACAGGAGAGAUGGUAGAAGAACUUAUUCUUUCUGGAGCAGAUAUUAUUAAAGUGGGUAUCGGACCAGGUUCUGUGUGUACCACUCGGAUUAAGACAGGGGUGGGCUAUCCACAGCUAAGUGCUGUUAUUGAGUGUGCUGACUCGGCACAUGGCUUGAAAGGACAUAUCAUCUCUGAUGGAGGAUGCAGCUGCCCAGGAGAUGUCGCCAAAGCGUUUGGAGCCGGUGCUGAUUUUGUCAUGCUUGGAGGAAUGUUUGCAGGCCAUGACCAGUGUGCUGGAGAGAUUAUAGAAAAGAAUGGCAAGAAGGUGAAACUCUUCUAUGGAAUGAGCUCUGAUACAGCCAUGAAGAAGCAUUCAGGAGGAGUUGCUGAAUACAGAGCUUCUGAGGGCAGAACUGUGGAGGUACCGUACAGAGGGGACGUGGAACUCACCAUCCUGGACAUCCUUGGGGGACUGCGAUCCACCUGCACCUACGUGGGAGCUGCCAAACUGAAGGAACUGAGCAGGAGAACGACGUUUAUCCGGGUCACCCAGCAGCACAGCCAGGUCUUCUCUUAGCCCAGGACUGGGGGGCUGGAGAGAGAGUGGGGGGGGAGGAGCAGGAAGGGCUGCUGAUUUGUUUUGCUUUCUCUUCCUUGUUGUGUUAGUGGCAAACUCUCUCUCAGAAUGGCAGUGUCAUAGCCAUUGGAGGGGCUGUGGCUGGGAUUUGGAAGGGGAAGAUUAUGCUGUUAAGACAGUGCCAUUGGUUCUAAAUGCAAUAGCCUCAUCUUUUGUUGUUGUGCCUAUUUUAUUUUUUAGUCAGCAUUUCUUCACCUGUUUCCCCCCCCCCCCCGAUAAAUGGCUGCUGAAACCUCAAUUAACAAGGAAUUGGCUUGAAUAGACAUGGCUAUUAGACUGGCACACAUACACACAUUCCCUUUUUAAGACUGACCUGUCACCUACCACUGCUUGUGGCAGUGCACCCUUCGGAAAUUACAGAGUGGGAUAGAAAAAGAUGCAGGGAAUUACGUGGAGAAAUCAAAAAUCAAAUUUUCUUAAUCUUUGUUCUGGCAAAAGAAGGGAUGUUUGUGGCAUGGCUGCCAGCCUGCAGAAUGUCAGAGGUGGAUCAGGCCUGGCUGCUGGUGACUUCUUACUCUGAUGAUAAACAUGCCAGAUCUGUCACUGCCAGUUCACAGGCUGGUACUGCCACUCUUACCUAAAUCUCCGUAUUCAAUGGACUUGCCUCUCCAGAGAAGCUGGCACUGAAUGUAGCAAACCUGUGCUGUCUUCUCUGCCCCCAUCUGUGGAGAUGAUUCAGGAGAAAACCUCUCAGAGCUUGCCUGCUUUUUCGUGCAUGCAACUAUUGAAUUACCUGAGUUCUUGCUUUUAUCUGCUCUGUGAACAGAUUUUUAAGACAUUGAAACUCAGCAACAUCAACCCCACCAAGGGCGGGGGGGGGGUUUGCUCUGUAGCCCUCCCUGUUCCCUUGCCUGUUCCUAUCCAUUUAGCAAAGAUACAAAAACGCUGUGCUGUGCAUUGUGUGUGGCCAGGUGAAUGAGGCCAGGGGGAUCAGAUUCACCUUGGUUAUUUGGUACCACUCCUUUGCAGUGCUUGACACCAUGAAAAGCAAAAGAGCUUUCGGCAGAAUAGCCUGACACUGAUAGGCUGAGCUGAAGUUAAAGCAUUUGCUUUGAAGGCAGUAAUGAAUGCUUAAGACUCUGGGUAACACUUCAAUAAAGUGUAAUGGCCCACUAAUUAAUUGAUAAAUCACAAUGAAAUUUCUUUGGAAAUACACAUUGCAUCCACAUGAAUACUGCAGUAGCUCGUUAUGAUAAACGAUGUAAAAGUGAGCACCAAUGAAUUAAUAAUGCUUGGCCACUUACUUUAAAGUGCUGCUGAGAUCAUAACAGAGCUAAUGUUACUUCAGUACUGCAGAGUCUUACUUUCCCCUCCUGUAGACAUCUGUGGGAAGAGGCAGGCUUCCUUUGAAAAGCAAAAGAGUGAUCUGCAGGAAGAGGAAUAGCAAAAAGAAACUCUAGAAUUAAAUUUAUCUGCUGGACAUCUCAAAAAGCCAUGCACAAGGACUGGUACAGUUGACCAUGCUGAGGAGCAAAUCUAGGCCACAAGCUGAUUCCUGGUGAUUUUGGAGUGUGUUGUCCACAUUAGAAAAAGCACAGAAUAUCUUCUAAAUAGCUGGUAUUUUAAAUAUCUUCCAUCUAACGUGCAGGACAUAAUUCUUAAUUGUGGUAUGGCCCCUUCCUGUGCUUUGGAUGUGGAUAAGGGCCUUAGUGUAAAGCACAGGUUUAUGCUUGUGCUGGCUUUAAGGACCCUUUCUCCUGCCCACGUGUCAUAAAGGAACCUGCAGGCAGAAGAGAAGCAGGCCUUGUGAAUAAAGGACCUGAUCUGUAUUCCCUCCAGCCUGAAAAUACCAAGUUAGGAAGAUUCCAGGCUUGUUUACCGCAAACCCUACCGUGCACCACAGACUGCUCUUACCUGCAUUAAGCCCAGGGGACAGGCAGUAUUAAUACUCUGCAUGAGUACAGCUGUAAGAGGUCAACAUUCCUUUGUUUCAUGUGAUAUGAAGGGUAGGGUGAACACCUCUGUCAGCAGUGGGGUUAGACCGUUGUGGCGCAGGCCUGACCACAGGUGUGUCUCCACGCUCGUGCCUUCAUAUGUGGGAAGAGCCGCAGUCUGCUGUUUCCGCCUACUCCGGCUAGUGCUUUCCUACUUUUUUUAGCUACAUUUCUAAACAGAGUUUAAGGAAUGCAUAUGCAUAUGAAAAUAUAUAUUUGUAAACAUUUUUUAAAACCACCAUACGCACACUGAACAGAGCAGCUUCAUGACAGGCCUUCGGAGCCAUUUCUUUUCCAAAGGGCAGGCACUGGGGGCAUGGGGCGACUGCCUCUCUGCAGGUGCGGCAGGCUGCCCCCCCCAGGCAGGCUGCACGCUUACACACAGCUGCGCCUGGGGCCACUCCUGCACCCACCUGCCUUCCCCUUUCACACGUACCUCUGCCUCACCAGGGACUAUAGGGAGGGAUGGGGAUAGGCUCAGCUGAAGUUGUCCCCUGAAUUCUCCAGGCUGUGAAUGAUGUUGAUGCUAAGAAUAGUUACUGAUAAAUCUUUGGCUUGGGUUAUUUGGUUUUCUAAAUAGCAGCUCUUCCCAUCAUUUUGAUAAACAGCAUGUUUUCUUUCCACUUCAUUUUCUCCUUCUCUCUCCAAAGUGAGUGAGAGGGAGAGAGUGGCUGCAGAAGGGCUGACCUGGUGCCAUGUCUGCAUCUCACCCAAAGUUAUAUGCAAGUUUUGUUCAGGGAUAACCCUCAACUGUGUUGGUGCUCACCACUGACACUGUGCAUGUCCAGCUCUCACACAGGCUGGAAAACAGAAAAAAAGAAAAGCCUGAGCACUCCUGUAACACCCAGCCCUCUGCUGUAGCAGUUGCCCUUGUCUUCAUUAGGCCCAGGUCCUGUGCCCUGCUCAAGCCCACUGCUGCUCUCCUGAGGAGCUGGGGCAGUGAGGGAGCUGAGGGCAUGCUGCGCCUGGCAGGGUGGUCUGAGUAGAGACCGCAACCACUGACAAACGCCACGUGCCAUUUGUGGAUCUACCUCACCUGCACAUUUAACCGGGUUCUCUGUUACUUGGUGUCCUUCUGUGGGAAAUGACAUUUGUAAGCGCUUAGUGUUGAGCGAUUCCCUACCCCACCCCAACCCCAUCCUGUCUAGAGGAAUGCUGUGAAUGCGAUAACCUGCGCUGUAGCCCAAGGUCAUGCCAGCUUCCCCCAGCCAGGCACUUGCUGAGCACCCAAGAGCAAUGUUGAGGUUCGGCCCACUGGCUCCGCAGUGAUUUAGUUUAAAGUGCCAAAGACCUACAAGUGGGGAUGCUGAAAAGGGCAGCAUUAAUGUUAUUAAAGCAAUCCCUGCUGAGCAUGUCCAGCUCUGGCUUCUUGAAACAUAAGGACACCUAAACCAGCCCUACUGCUCACAGCCGUAUUCUGGCCUCUCCCUGCUGCAGGGUGUUUGUCCAGGUGGGCUGACUGGCCCUCCUGCCCAAGCAGCCUGCCUUACCUGAGCACUCCCCUUCACAGGCAGGAAGCUCUUGGUACAGCAGCAGCCUGGCUCACACCCCAGUGCCUGUGUGGUGGCUGCAAGGAGCACGUGUGUAGGGCUCCUCAUGGGCCUGAGGCCAGCCUGUUAGAGGAGUGGGCUUUGAGCCAGCAUCCCGCCAGCUGCAAACCAAGCCUCGCAGGUCUCCUUUCUCUGCAAGAAACAAGUGCAGGCACCCGGGGGUGUGGGCGUCCGCCUCAUCCCCUAUGGGGCAGGGGCUUUGGCUGUGCUCUUCUGUGCAGCUGCCUUCUCACCUUAGGGCAUGGCGGGGCUGAAUGGGGCCACCCCGUAAAUAGGAAGAGUUUUAAGCAGAGGCAGGAGGAGCUGCUGCUCACAUUUGGAGGAGCUUUUCCCGUACAAGGUGUGCCUGUAUGUUCCUUUCAGCUAGUCAAUAGCGGGGGGGGAAAGGAUGAAGGUGAGCAAGAAACAUAGCAGCAAUUAACCAAGGCCCACUAUGUUGGGCCAGGGGCUGGGGUUUUCCAGUCAGGGACAUGGUAAGAGUUUGAAGCUUUUCCUGAACCAAGCGCUCCCUAGUUUGUGCCGAUUGAGCUCCCUGUCUUGAACAGACUUGCUGCUUCAGCUUUCUGCCAGUGUUAGUGCAGUGUCUGUCCAUCACCACCUCCCACCCUGCCACCUGGGAUGUUGCUUUUUAGUUGCUAAUGUCAGUUUCAUACCCAAAGUUCUUUGUUGGAGCCAGGAGGGCUUUUGCAACCAGCGCCAGGUUUGGCCUUGCUUGUGCAGAAGAGAGAAAAAGCUCAGGCCCAGGGACAGCCAUUUGCCUUCUGCAGCAGCCAGAGCCAGCAGCAGGAGCGGGCCAGGCCCUUCCCUGUGGGUGGGGGCUGCCCUGGGGCAGAGGGGCCAAAGCAUGUCUGUGUCCAGGCUGGAUGCAGGCACAGCUCUGUGCCCCUAAGCACAGCAUGGACCAUCCCGCUACAGCCUUUGCUUUGCUUGCGCUCAUUCAGGUGCUUAAGCGAGCCCUCCCCAGCAUUUACUUGACACAGUGUUUACUGGUUGAAGUUUUCAUACAUAAAUAAACAAUUCAGAGUCCCAAACUCCUUGGUGUUGCUGUGAUAACUGUGAAGCGCUUGCAUGUAAUCGGCCAAAAAGAGCUACCGAGCAUGCGAUGUUUUUCUGCCCCACUCGGCCCUGCUGAGGUGGCGAUGGCGGGCGCUGCCAACCGUCACUGGGAGCAACCGCGCGUGGCAACGUCACAGAAAGUGUUCAAAAGUUACAAGUGGAAAGUUUUUGUUGCACAAUAAAGAGCUUCACUCUGAGGGUCUGGAAAGGGUUUUAUACCCCUUGAUGGGUACGUGCGUGUUUCUGCGUUGUCACAAAUAAAAGCAAACGUUCUCAAAUGCA